CUCGAAUUAGUCAGUCAGUCGUGCCAGGGAUCCCGUAGACGUACGGCAGUACCGCUAGUUGGUAUUGUGAAAGGGAAAAAGAAAAAAAUAAGUAAAUAAAAGACGGAAAAAUUGUUAAUCCGUCAAUUAAAACCCCCACGCGACAUUGCGUCAUAUACAAUAUAUAUUUAAUAGUCAUUUGUAUUAAUAUCCCGUAAUUCGUUACUGGCGUGAUCGCUCUCGGUUGUUUGCCUGUAUGUGUAAUUAAUAUAUUUAUUAAAAAAAAAAAGAGGUCAGCUAAAUUCAGUGCUGCCAACAGUAUGCGUACGACGAUCUACCUUGGCGCGUGCUGUAGUCGCGAUAAUUUCGAGGUGGUGAAACUCAAGUAACCGGCGGUGGAAUUUUUUUAUUUCCAAAAAAAAAGAAAUUGCUCGAUUGUGAAAAAGUGACUGCUUCGUUGCUGACUUCAUUCUUCCGCCGAUCUUUACCCUUUUCUUUUUCUUUUAUCACUGCACGUUAUAUCGUAUAUCUAUACAUAACGACCCACGACGAUUCCCACGCGGAAUCCGAAAUAAAUCCUUUCUUUCUCUUUGUCCUUACGCAAGAAUUGGCAACCUGGUGAAUAUCCUUUAAUAACGCGUGUGCAGAGCUUGUAUACCUAUAUACGAGACAUACGUAUAAUACACACGUCAGCUUGUGAAAGUAAGCAGAGUGAUUCCUCGUUAAGCAUACCGUGAAAUUAUAUCGGGAUAUAAUAAUAUAUUCAUCGACGUAUAUAUAUAUAUAUAUAUAGAUAUAUAUCAAAUAGAUAUCAGCAGUGCGUAGGUGCGUGACAAAAUGGCACAGCUCUUGUGUUACAUGUGAUUUGGCUGGUGUCCUGUGAUGACGUGAGUGUAUAGGUGCGUGGAUAAAAGUAGGAAAAAAAUAAAAUAAAUAACAAAGUGGCGCACGGUCGAAGACUGAGGAAAAUAAGAGAAAAAAUUGAGACGUGAGAUCUUCUAAUAAAUUCAAAUUUCCCGCUCCUUCGAAUUUCACCGUUUGAACGUCCCUUGCGCUUCGGUCUCGCGUCGUUUCACCCUCGGCACAUCCGGACCGUGUCUAUCGGCCCGACGUCCGUCUGUCAAUCCUGACUCGAGGCUUCCGUUACGCAGCGAACGAAACGUCAAAAACGAAAGAAACACGACUGCUUGACAAACGGGAUUUUACCGUGAUUCUUCUGGCCGGCGACUUUCUCCCACGACACGUCGUCCCUUGAACUUCUUACCUCAUUGGCUGUCGUUUACGACAAUGACUGUGGUUAUGGAGGAAACGAAUACCUUUGUCACGUGGCCCUCGAGACUGAAAAUUGGAGCGAAGUCGAAGAAAGAUCCACACAUAAAGGUCGCAGGUCGACCCGAUGACGUGCGAACGGCUAAGGAUAAGAUUAUGCAAAUUCUGGAUACGCGGCAAAGCAACAGAGUGACGAUGAAGGUGGACGUGAGUUAUACCGAUCACUCGCAUAUCAUUGGCAAGGGAGGAUUGACCAUAAAACGCGUAAUGGAGGAGACCAGCUGUCACAUUCACUUUCCGGACAGCAAUCGCAGCAAUCAUCAAGAGAAGAGCAAUCAGGUGUCGAUUGCUGGUGAGAUCGAAGGCGUCGAGCGUGCUCGUUGUCGGGUUCGAAAUCUGACCCCUCUCAUCUUCUCGUUCGAAUUGCCCGUAAUGGGAGCUGCGCAUGCGCCGCCCGAUUCCACUUCGCCCUACGUGGUGCGAAUCCAAGAGAAAUACAACGUGCAGGUGAUGUUCAGGACGCGGCCGAAAUUACACGCGACCUUGGUGCUGGUUAAAGGCUGCGAAUGGGAGGUCUUACAAGUGAAGGAAGCCACCGUGCUGCUGAUUCAUUACAUGUGCGAGAACCUGGCUAGUCAGAUUCAGGUACAGAUGUCUAUGGAGAUUUCGCCCCAGCAUCACAGCAUUGUCCUUGGGAAACAGAGCAGCAACCUCAAGAUGAUUAUGCAAUGUACCGCGACUCAGAUUAUAUUUCCGGACGCUGGCGAUCCGAAUAUACCGAGUUUGAAGAAGAGCAAUGUCACGAUCACCGGUGGAAUUCAUAACGUUUACCUCGCCCGUCAGCAAUUGGUCGGUUCCCUGCCACUUGUUCUGAUGUUCGAUCUGCCCGAGCACUCGAUGCCCUCGGUCGAUACCGAGAACAUAUCACAGCUGAUGCAGUCGUUGGACGUCUUUAUAAAUGUCCGACACAAGCCAAAGCAGAGCACAUUUUCCGUGAUAAUAAAAGGCAUAGAGAGGAACGCCGGUAACAUCUACGAAGCCAGAAAUCAACUUUUGGGUCUGAACGAACCGAGAAUUCACGCUGAGAUACCGGAUAGUUAUCACAUUCCUAAUGCCGGCAGUGUGUUUCAGGGUAACAGCAGUAACAACAACGGCAAUAUAAACGGUGCUAGUCGUAACAACGUUGCCGGUCUACCAGAAAAUUUCUCCAGUAUGCUGACGGUUAACACACAAAAUCUACCUUACUGUAUGUCGCCAAUGUCAAACUCGCCCAACCCAAUGGGAAUGUCGCCUCAUUGGGGAAUGACUGCGGUACCAUCAAUGUUCUCUCCGCUACCGGUUCAUCAUCAUGGACCAUUCUCCUAUCCUCAUCUCAAUCAUAUGUUAAGCACCCAACAGAUGAUGCACAACAACCUGAUGGGUCAUCCUCAGGGCGCGUGGAAUCAGACCUUGAGCGGCCUUGGACAGAGUCAGACCAGACCGUCCAGCGGUUAUCACAGCAUGAACAGUCUGAAUUCAAGUUCACUCACCAACAAUAAGGAUGGCAGUGGUUAUUCUUCCUUGAGCAGCGUUUCAAGUUCGCUUUCUAGUCCGGCCAUCAGUCCACGAAAUGCGUCACCAGUUAAUCCCUCUGACGUCACUUCCACUUUGGAUUUAUCUAGCAUGCUGUCGGAUCUCUCGGGGACCGAUCGUCGCGCACCCGGAUGCGAGAAGAAGAGUCUUCAAAUGGCAGCUGCGCAUCAUAAUCUCACGCCGUUUGAUUACGAGCAGAAGAAAUUGAUGGCGGUUAAGGCUAUGCAAACUAAACUUAAUUCGCCCGACUACAGGGUCCCUACUUCCUCGUGGUCCGGUUACGGACUUAGUCAGACUAUUCCCUUGAUGACGAAUAGCGAUCUCAGCAAGGACUCGAGCUCGCAUCCUUCUGAUCUCUGGGAGGAACCAAAGACUCCUGUGUUUGGUACAACGAUGGACUUUGGCAUCGGCGCUGACAAAGAUCAGACGCCUCAGGUCGGCAUAAGCUCGAACUACUUGGACCACACGCCUACGUCACAAAUCAAUAAGAUCACAUCUCAGCAUUACACAGACUUGGCCAGCAUGCUGACCAACGUAGGACUGGAGAAAUAUAUACGCCUGUUCACGUCUCACGAGGUGGACAUGGCGACCUUUCCUUCCUUGACGGACAAAGACCUUUGCGAAAUUGGUGUGACCGCUUGGGGCGCGCGACGCAAAAUAUUGCUUUUGAUUUCCGAAAUGAACAAACGAUCUAGUCCGUUUUCCGGAAGCGCGGCGCCUGGCGCUGAACGGAAAUCAUCCACGACGUCCAGCACGGCUACAACGAGCAAAUGCAGCCUGGAAAACUGGUAAAUCAACACGUAUGAAUGGCGCGCAUGAAAUACUUGAAAACGUGGUGUGUACUCAUCUCGUAAUAAAGAAGCGUAUCGAACCCGGAUCGCGCUGGAUUUCCACGAAAAAGAAGAAAUACGUAUAAAAUUUCGACGCUCAGUCUCGCGUCGUUUCACGUGCCGUCGCGACGUCGUUACAGAGCCAUAACGAAAUCCGACCACGUUCAUAACCGGCCGCGACGGUGAGACGUCGACGAGAAUUGAAAAAAAAAAAAAAAAAAAAAAAAAAAAAUU